CGUCAAUAUCCACAUUAAGCAAGUUGUUCUUGGAAGGGAAGAAAGAAAUUGAGAAGAGAAUGUAUGUGACUAGGCCUUUAUCUCUGUUUAAGAAGUCUUUAGAUGCUCUGUCAUUGCCUCCACCAGAAGGCCCCAAUUCUGGCAUUUUGGUGAUCCAAGAUGAAGAGAUGGAGCCAACCUCUUGUUUUGGGUUAGGAGAAUUUCAUGAGGUGAAGGAGUUGCCUUUCCCUCAAAAUUUAAACCUUAAGUUGUUCUAUAGAUCAGGUAUUUCACUCAAUAGAACCACUCAUUACCACCAUGUUGCCUUCAUCCCGGUUCUCAACCAACCAUUGUCUUCCAACAAAUACUAUGUCAUAAAUCUAAAUUCGAAGAAAAGAGGGGAAGCGUAUAUUAACUCAAAGGAGGAGGAUUUGGACACAUUCUGUUUCUACAAAGCUCAAACUGAUGUACCACUGCAUCCGAUAGAUGUGAGUGACACAUAUCAGGAGUUUGAGAUAUAUCCUAGAAGAAGCAAAGUUACUUUCAGGAGUGGUUUUUCAGCUAAAUCUGUUGCCCCAGAUGGAUACCCUCCAAGGUUUUUGAGCAGAAGGUGGAAAGUGAGUGCUUCGAGUGCUUCAAGUGAUUCAAGUCUAAGCGAAGCAUCAGGGGUGAAUGAGGCCCUCCGUGCCAGCAAGCCAGAAUUCAAAUUCUCCUUAGCAAAAAGGAGUUCAGACAGCGUUGCUGUGGGAAAAUGGUACUGCCCCUUCAUGUUUAUCAAGGAGGGAACUCACAAAACAUUGAAGGAAGAAAUGAGAAAGUCGAUGUUUUAUGAAAUGACACUGGAGCAGAAAUGGGAGCAAAUCUUUUCAUGUGAGAACCAGAAUGAAGUGGAAAAGACUGUAAUUGUGGAUGCUGUGGUUCAAAAGGAAGUGGUUGUAAUUGCUGGGUGGGAAGCUGUGAUCGAUGAAAUGGAUAUUGCUGAAGGUUUUCUGUGGUUCCAUAGUUUCAACAAUGUUGGAGAAAAGAGAAGUGUGGGAUUGAACACUGCAGUGGUCGAGAGAAUGAAGUGGGAGCAGGAAAGAGCAGGUUGGGAUGGAGGAAAAGAGAAGCAAAUUAGAGUCAGGAAAGUGGAAGAAUUUAAGGGGACUAAUAGGUGGAAAAAAUUUGGAUGUUAUGUGUUGGUAGAGACUUUUGUACUAAAAGCAUUGGAUGGAAGCACACUACUCACCUAUGCUUUCAAACACCAUGAUGAACUUAGGAGUAAAUGGGAAUGAAGACUUUUGUUACUGGUUUAAUUUCAAACACUAUGGCCAAACUCACCCAUAUCUGUGUAGAAUGACUGGUCUUGUAGUGUACUUUCAAUUUUUGUGAGAUUUUGUUGACUAAGUUUGUUCAUUCAUUCAUUUAGUUUCAUUGUAAUCAUUUCAAUAUUGCUUACAGAUUAUAAGGAUAAUCAUAAUCUUUUCUCCAUA